AUUAACAAAAUAGUUAAGGUGCGGGCAAACCAGGCCCAUAAAAACGAACUACUAACAACCAAACAGGCCCAUAAUACAACAAUAAUAUAAAACUGAUAAUUCAUGAAAUGACCAUAUUGCCCCUUAAUUCGCUAAAAGUAGGCAAGAAAUGAAGAAUUCCAUCCGACAAAAAUAAAAUAUAAUUCAAUAAAUUAUAAAAACAAGAAUUGAAAGCCACCUGAAAUUCCAGAAACAGAAAACAGAGACAGUCAGAGACAGAGAGUUUUGGCGGGGGUGGGUUGGUGGGGUCCAUCAUCAUCAUCAAUCAUCAUCAAUAUGAAUGAAAUGACGGAUUUGCCAUGCCGAAACUGCAACAGACCCACUGAGUUGGUGUUGGACCACUCCGCCGGCGACACCACCACCUGCUCCGAAUGCGGUCUCAUCCUCCUCCACACUCCCUCCACCACCACCACCAACGACAACUCCGGUAACGAUCACCCCGUUCCUGUCGUCCCCGGUACCCUCGGCAGUCUCUCCACCGCCAUUGCCAAACCUACCGCCGGAACUCCCUCCGAUCAGCCUCCGUCGGUCGGGAAAUGGCAGAACCGUGAGCGUCACCUUGUGGACGCCUUCGGUUCCAUCACCGCCAUGGCUGAUAGGUUGGGACUCGUCACAACCAUUAAGGAUCGAGCCUAUGAAAUGUAUGAGAAGAUGGAAGAUCAAAAAUGUCUUAGAUCCCGAAAUCAAGAAGCAGUUUUGGCUGCUUGCCUCUACAUUGCAUGUCGACAAGAAAAUAAGCCCCGUACUGUGAAAGAAAUAUGUUCAAUAAUCAAUGGAGCCACCAAGAAAGAUUUUGGCCGUGCAAGGGAAUUCAUCUUGAAGCAUAUGGAGAUUGCGAAUGGUAAAUCAGUAGGAAUGAGAACCAUUCAUGCUGGGGACUAUAUGAGGCGGUUCUGUUCCAAUCUUGGAAUGACAAAUCAAGAAGUUAUGGCUGCUCAAGAAACAGUGCAGAAAUCUGAGGAGCUUGACAUAAGGAGGAGCCCAAUAUCAGUGGCAGCAGCUGUUAUUUACAUCAUAACUCAACUAUCAAACGACAAAAAGCCUCUGAAAGAUAUUUCAAUUGUGACCAGAGUGGCCGAAGGGACCAUCAAGAGUUCCUACAAGGAUCUUUAUCCUCAUCUAACCUGGUUAAUCCCAAGCUGGUUUGCUAUGGAGGAAGAUAUCAAGAAUCAAUUUGGCCCCUAAAUCGUCGAAAGGCUAUAACAUUAUACUAUAUGGACAAUUUAAUUCAUAACAUUUUGCUGUAUUUCUCAUCUAGACAAUGAUAGUUUUAAAAAAUCUUUUAUCCCUUC